AAACAUAUAGCUCAUGGCCUGGUCCCUGCCGCUACCGUAGCUCCUAAACCUGCAGUUCCCUGCACCCCUCCCCCUCGUAGUCCAAACCCUUCUCCAGAAAGGCCCAGAUCCGCUCUAGCAGCAGCUGUCCUUGCAACAGCGCUAACGGGGCGUACUGUUGCUAUUCCUCAGCCUCGGCAGCAAUCGCUCUCCGAAAGCGAUGCCACCUACGUGGAACAAGAAUGCUUUGAACCCUAUGCGACGGUCACAGAGCUCACGAUGGGGCCCAACUGGAAUCCUGAUGGUAGUGACAGAUCUCCUGUACAGUCCCUGGAAAUGCCAGGCAAUUACUGUGAGGAUGAGGACGUGGACACCUGCCAUUCAGAUGCUGAUAAAGAGACAGAGUCCAGCUGUCAGAGUAAUGAGAAAAGGGGAGAAAGCUUUAGCACCACUGCUAUUUAUGCUGUUCCCCACAAAAAUGAAAAGGAAGAGUCGCCGCCGUCUCCUAGUACUAAUGCUGACAGGAAAGAGGCACCUUCUCCUGAAACGGAGUUUCCUGUGCUGGUGGAUCAAUCAAAUGUGCAAACAGAAGCUGAAGACCAACAUCUUGGCUCGAAUUUAAAGGAAGAAAAGUCAUUAGCUGAAAACCUGAUACAUGAAAAGCCUCCACUGUCCCCAGAUGCGUCUGUUCGGGCAAGGCAAGCACAGGAAAAUAUGGCUAAAGAAAAGUUCAGAGAAAUAAAUCAAGAAAACUGGUCUCUGAACAAGGCAUUCCAGGCUGUGGUCCAGCAGUUAGAGGGAGCAAACCAGCAAAUGCAAGAACAGCAAUUAAUGCUGAAGAGACUGGAACAAGAAAACAGAAGACUUAAAGAAGCUGCAGAGAAGUCACACAGAGAAGAGGAGGCUACAGAAUUACUUUCUCUCAGACAACAAGCACAGGAACUGGUAGAUGAAAAUGAUGCCUUGAAACUGACAGUCCAUCGUUUAAAUGUAGAAUUAAGUCGCUAUCAAACUAAAUUCAGGCCAUUGUCCCAAGAAGAGCAUCUAAAACUCCAAGGUUUACCCAUGAAAGGACCACCACCCCCAUGGCUGUUGGAUAUGAAGUAUUUGUCACCUCUUCUGUUGGCAUAUGAAGACAGAAUAAGAGAAAAGGAAGCUUUAAAUCUUGAACAUGAGGAGGAAAUGAAGAAUUUUAAAGUACGAGUUGAAGAGCUGGUGAAGGAGAAUGAAGACCUGCAUGAGCAAUUAAAUAAAAAUAACUUUAUUACCCCUACAAAAUGGCAGCAGCUGCAAACUCAGGCCAAGUUGGUCUUGGAAGAAAACAGCUUGUUGAUGGAGCAACUCAAAAUUCAACAAGCCAAAGCAAAGGACAGACACAAACAACAUGUUCAAGAAGCUUCAAAAUUGACUAGACAGAUAGUAGUCUUAGAAGAUAAGAAACACAGUCAAGAAGAAGAGAUAGCAGAGUACCAGAAGCAGCUGGAAGCUCUGCGUUCUACUUGUGAAGAGCUGAAAGCCAAACUGGGGAGCAGCGUAGCAGCAGAGGAGCACUUGGCUUUGGUGAACGAUUUAAGAAGCCAUUUACAACAGGAGCAGGAGAAAAAGCACAGUGAGGUGGAAGAUCUGAUGGGAACGAUAGCAUCACUGCAAGCCCAAAACAAGAAGCUGCUUUUGGAGAAAAAUAACUUAACAGCUGACAACAAGAUCCUGGAAACUGAAAUGGAAAAGAUGCAGAAGACAAACAGGCAAUUAAAGAAGAAAAUAGGUCUUCUGCAACACCAUUUGGAGGAAGCAGCGGAAAAAGAAGAUGCAGCGUAUCACCAUCUAACAAACCUCGUUGGUUUGGUGGAAAAGAUAGCUCAGGAGCGUGACCAUCUUCUUUUUUUGGCCAGAUGUUUGGAGAGUGAGAAUCACGGCGUUCUCAACAGAGUCGUACAAGGCAACCUACGCUUAGGAAGAUUAGAAGAAAAGGUUAAGGUGUAUAAGAAGAAAGCAGCUGGCAAGCUUGGAGACAUCAGCCUCAAGAUGACGGAGCAGGAGAAAGAGUUUGCGGGGAAGACUGCUCAGUACCAGCAAGAAAUGAAGCACCUCAAGUGCCUGCUGCAGGACAGGCAGGACACCCUGGAUGAAGUGCUGCAGCAGAAGAGGAAAGUGGAAGGGGAACUUGAAAUCAUCUGGGAAUCCACAUCCAAAGAAAACAGGAGAAUGAGAGAACUCUUGCAUAAAUCGCUGGGGAAGAACAACAUGUGGAGCGCUGUCGCAGCUCAGGAGCCGUACCUGGAUGAAAGCUCUCACAAGGACCUACUUUACGGACACGAUUUUAGCUACUGUGACGUGAAACCUCCAUCCCCUACUGCAGGCGAAAUUCGGCAGGAAUCUCAACCGAACAACAACGACAACUCCCGCUGGCUUUGCUCAGAGAACUACCGUGAAACGAAGGCCUGGAAUACCUACCCAGACAAGUCAGGUAUAGACUGUGCAGCGUACACCCUCCCGUCGCGGCCAUACCCGCUCCAGCCUGCGCGUCCUAGCCAACUCCACGCGAACACGGCUACGCCCACGUUGCUUUUCAUGCUGUUGAAGGCAGGAGAUGAUCCAUACCCAGUUCCCACCGCAUUUGCAAGGAAACACAGAUGGCCCAUGGAAGACAAAGUCCUUUCGUGGCUCAGGACCACUUUUUUGGCAUACCGAGAAAUCCCACUAAAAGGCAUUCUCAACGCCUACGUGCGUAUCACUGGUGCAGCAUUCCUGGACAUUACUGACUCCUUCCAGGUUCAGAACGUCGACAAGCGAGGUCACCCUGGGGAGCUGCAGUUGAGGGGAAUUUGA